CCUGUCCUGGAGAGGCUGGCGCCCUUCCCGAGCUCUUCCCAUGCCAUGGCCCGGCUGCUGCUCUUGCUCUGCGGCAUCGUCGGGCUCCUGUCCUCCGGCACCAGCUCGGCCGCGCUGCAAGAAAGAUGCAGCGUGCCAAAGGAGGUCAACAAUGCAGAUGUUCAGGUCGGCAAUAAUAAUUUGUUGAAUGCCAGCCUGCGGUACACGUGCAGAGACGGUUACAAAAGGAAAGCUGGGACAUCCAGCCUCAUUGUGUGUGUAAUGGACAAAGUCACCAAAACGCUCCGUUGGACAGAGCCAAAUCUACUUUGUAUUAGGGACCCUGCUCUACCUCCUUUAACUUCCAGCCCCAAACAGACAUCAGCAGCACCUAGGACAGAGGCAACCAGUCCUGUCAGCAGAGAAUCAAAGACUCUUACACCAGCUAAACCACCAGUAACCAGAGUAACUGCAGAGAUUACCACAGUCCCAGUCAUGGCCUCCACACCAUCCUAUGAAAGGGAGACCACCUCACCACUAGCAGGCCCCGUCUCUCAGCUCAGGACUGACAAGCCUUCAUGGGGAACACUUGCAACAACAACAACUGAGAUCAGGUCAUCAAAGGGGCCUGCUGGCGUGACCACGGAAGACACCACACAACGGCGCAUCACAGCCACCCAGGACACACACACCUCCCAGCUCUGGACUGAUGAGCCAUUGUUGGAAACAGUUACAACAGAAGGAGAUUGGUCAACAGCAGUGCCAGCCAGUGUGACCACAGGAGACUCAACACAGCUUCUCACAACAGUCACCCAUAGCACUAAAGUUUCCACCCGAGUUAUAUUUUCUUCUGUGGCGUUUCCCAUGUUGCUGAUCGUUGUAGCUGUUGUAUUAUGUUGUGUCUGGAGACAGCGAGUCCACAUGAGGCGACAAUACACGAUGCCUGUGAUAGCCAUUUCCAUGACCAGAGAAGAGUCAGAACAAAGUGACAGAACACCACCAGAAGACAAUGGCUCAGACGGUCCAGAACAACCAAGUAAAGGGACAGAGAUGAUGUCAUCAUCUUGUGUGAUAUCGACUGGUUGAAUAAUAACACUUAGUGAAAUCAGCGCAUCCAUUAAACUUGAAAGGGGCCAAGGGAUCCAUACUGCUUACAAAGACCAACAGGCCAGUUGCAUUAGGCGCUGACUUGUCAAUUACCACAUGCCAGCUACUCAACUUGAGAUUGGAAAUACAGCCUCAUUUCUAAGAUGUGGCAGAUAUGCAGAGGAUCUGAUUUCCAGUUCCACCAUCAUUUCAAAGAGAGGAUAGGAAUGGUCUCAUAAACCUUAUUACAUACUUGGUCUGUUCUUUGAGCUGAGGUAUGAACAGAUUGAACAUCCUGUACCCAUAAGAGAGUGUCUAGAUAACUUGGACAUAUCUCUUAAUUCUUGUUUUAAUGAAUGGUUGCUUUCAAAAGAGAAGUCACACGGGCGUUUAAAUGCCCAAGGAGAACUGUCCAUGUGGAAAGUUCUGAAAAAACUUCAGGUGGCCUCUUAUAUGCAGUGUAAAGUCCACGCCAGAGAAGAAGCGGUUGGUGAUCUGAUAGUGAAGAACACAGCUUAGUACCACCUAGGACCCAUACAGAGAGAACAUAAAGACAGCAUUUAUCUACGAAGCCAUCAAAUGAAGAACACAACUUAUUUUCCUUCUGCUACCAGCAAAAUCCUGAGUAAAGAGCAAGUCUGAGACUCAGAAAACUUACCCUGAACCACAUCUAACUAUUUCAGGGUCAGCCAUGAUAGUUUGCUCAGGAAUCUUUCAGACAUGUUAGAAUGUGAUCUCAGAUGCUUGUAAGUUCCAGGUGCUUCCAGAAGACAAGAGACAGAUGUCCUUUGGACCACACCACCACCAGCAUACCUCUUUUACAGAUGUUACCAGUCAAUGGCCAAUGCAAUGGAAAUAUUUUACAUUGCUGUUUUCCCUCCCAGGGAGGGCAAGUACCUAUAUUCUGUGGGUUUCAGAGUAACAGCCGUGUUAGUCUGUAUUCGCAAAAAGAAAAGGAGUACUUGUGGCACCUUAGAGACUAACCAAUUUAUUUGAGCAUAAGCUUUCGUGAGCUACAGCUCACUUCAUCGGAUGCAUCCGAUGAAGUGAGCUGUAGCUCACGAAAGCUUAUGCUGAAAUAAAUUGGUUAGUCUCUAAGGUGCCACAAGUACUCCUUAUAUUCUGUGGGCUCCUUCUCAGAUGGCCCCCUACUCCACCUUGGACCCGUCCUCAUCCACCAAUCCUUUCCCUCAUGCUGUGCAAUACAUUAACACAUUGCUUUGCACCACUGAAUCUAAUAAAUAUUUUUACAGACAGUC